UGAAGUUUUCUCUGCGCUCCUGAUGGCCGGUACAUGACACACUGCUCAGGGAUUACACACACCACACACACACUCUCUCUCUCUCACACACACUCACUCACACACACACACACACACACACUCCCUCAGCGCGCAUUAAUCCACUUUUUAUCCUCAUCGCUUUAUUCUUCUCUUCCUCUCCGUUACUUUGGAUACUUUUGUUUCUUCUGGACUCUGGGAUUGUUCUGUGUCUCAGAACAGAAGCUCGUGCAGCGGGGACAUGGCCGGUAUCCGGUGGAACUUUACACCGCUUUUAUUGUCCCUGUUAUUAUUAUCAUUAUUAUUAUUAUUGUUGUUGUCGCCGUCGUGCGCGCUACAGAUGGACCGUGUGCGCGUGAGCUCCGUGUCCGCGUACGGUGUGGAGCUAGUGGGCGUCGGUGAUCCGGUUCGGACCCGCAGGACAGGCACGAGCACGAGCGGACUGACCCAUCACAUAAAGCUCUCUGGGGUAAAUGUCUGUGGAGGGCAGUGCUGUAUCGGAUGGAGCCAAGCACCUGGAUCUCAGCGCUGCACAAAACCUAACUGUCUUCCAAAAUGCCAAAAUGGUGGCAUGUGCCUGAGACCGCAGAUGUGUGUGUGUAAACCUGGGUCCAAAGGGAAACUAUGUGAGCAGCCCACAUUGCCCACUUCCUCUCAUCCAGUGAACGGACACGGUAACGGACACGGUAACGGACACGGUAACGGACACGGUAACGGACACGGUAACGGACAUGGUAACGGACACGGUAACGGACAUGGUAACGGACACGGUAACGGACACGGUCUCGUUCCGCAGCGUCCGAUUCCACAGCAGGUUUUCCCACAAGGCCAAGCUUCAUAUCAUCUACCCAACACUAACAUGGCACACAUGACCCUGACCAUGAAGGCGGCACCAAACAGUAAACAGCCAAUCCCCUUUCAGCAACAUGUACAGCAUCCUCUCUCAAUAAACAUGCAACAGGGUAAAAGUCAGAAGUUUGUGAUCAAGCCGAAGAUUUAUCCCUCACACAACACACACAAUUAUCUGCAUGGAGGCGGAUACACACCUGAGCGCAGCAUCCCUCUGAGUGCCGGACACCACUCACUACACGUGGCCAACCACACGGGUCGGAUCAAACUCGUCUUCACUCCGACCAUCUGCAAGCUGACGUGUAGCGGCGGUCGCUGUCACAACACCUGCGAGAAAGGAAACACCACCACCAUCAUCAGCGAGAACGGGCGCGCCACUGACACGCUCACCGCCCCCAACUUCAGAGUCGUGGUGUGUCACCUACCCUGUAUGAAUGGAGGGAAGUGUAACACACGGGAUAAAUGCCAGUGUCCACCCAACUACACCGGAAAGUUCUGCCAGAUGCCAACGCAGAGCGGUGCAAGCAGCAACAUCCACACCACACACACACUCCCACUGAGCUACAGCCAAGGUGUGGUGAAUAUUCAUGUUAAUCAUCCCCCUGAAGCAUCGGUUCAGAUCCAUCAGGUGUCUCAGGUGGACAGCAGCACCACUGUACAGAAAUUCCAGCAGCACAGCACGUAUACUAACCAGCAGAGCUUCCUGCACUACCAACCCGUCUCCUCUAAGAGCCAGCUCGGACGCUGCUUCCAGGAGACCACCAGCACUCAGUGUGGGAAAGCCCUCCCAGGUCUCUCUAAGCAGGAUGAGUGCUGUGGGACGAUCGGCACUUCCUGGGGAUUCCACAAAUGUCAAAAGUGUCCAAGAAAACAGUCGAUUCCUCUGCUCGAGUGUCCACACGGGUACAAGAGGUUUAACAGCACUCGCUGCAUCGAUGUAAAUGAAUGCCAGUUACCAGGUGUGUGUCCUAACGGGAACUGCAUCAACACACCUGGGAGCUACAGGUGUUUGUGUCAACCAGGAUUCAUCCCCGACUCCACACUCACCAGCUGCCACUGCGGAGCAGCUGAAGCCCCGCCCCCUGUGCGUGAGGAGGAGAGGGGGGCGUGUUUCCGUGUGUUUGGUGGUGGGCGUCAGUGUUUACACCCCGUCUCCACCGAGCUAAGCAAACAGCUGUGCUGCUGCAGCGUGGGGAAGGCGUGGGGGGGCAAGUGUGAGCGCUGUCCACUGCUCGGAACAGCUGCGUUUAAGGAGAUCUGUCCUGGAGGUUUGGGUUAUCAUGUGACCAACCCGUACAUCUAUAAACCCAAACCUCCUCCUGCUCCUCCUGUGAACCCGGAGGUUUACGAGCGAGGUGACACACGCCAUCCCAUGCUCAUACACCCCAAACCCACCACAGCCAUCGCACCGCUGCCCGUCCCCACGGUCCAGAAACCCAUCGAGGCCUUCGGCUUCACCGAGAGACACCUACCAGUGGUGGUGGAGAAAACCUCGCCCGCUGCUCCAGUCGCCCUUUUACCAUCGAGCGCGAGUCAGGACAUUAACCCAACUCAGUUUGCAGAAGUGAACGAGUGUGUGAUCAGUCCUGAUAUCUGUGGUCACGGUUACUGCUACGACACGGCCGAGAGCUACACCUGCUACUGUGAGAACGGCUACAAGCUGAACGACGAGGCCAACACGUGUGUAGAUGUUGACGAGUGUGUGGACGAUCCUCACCUGUGUGUUAACGGUCGCUGUAAGAACACAGCUGGCAGUUUCACCUGUGUGUGUGAGGUGGGCUUUCAUCUGAACAAAGAGAGAACCAGCUGCGUUGAUUUAAAUGAGUGUGAAGCUCCAUACGUGUGUCCUGAGAACAGUAUGUGUGUGAAUACACUCGGCUCGUACACGUGUCAUGAGUGCAGCAAAGGAUACACACUGGGUCAGAGUGGACAGUGUGAAGAUGUAGAUGAGUGUCAGAAUGGGAGUGUGUGUCCGUCUGGUCUGUGUUAUAACACACUUGGCUCAUACAUAUGCAGCCCAUGUCCUGAAGGCUUCCAGGGCAAAGAUGGCAAGUGUGUGGACAUUGAUGAGUGUGUGGACAGAUCUGUGUGUGCUCACGGUCAGUGCUCCAAUAGUGAAGGUUUCUUCAUCUGUACGUGUGAUGAUGGCUUCACUCCAACUCCAGACCGCAAAGCCUGCACAGACAUUGAUGAGUGUCAGGAUGAGAGUGUGUGCACGAGAGGUCAUUGUGAGAACACAGAGGGAGCGUUCAUCUGUCAUUGUGAGAGCGGAUUCAAACUCUCAGAAUCAGGAGAUCAGUGUGACGAUGUGGAUGAGUGUCAGGAGCUGACGGGGCUGUGUGAUGAUGUUGGUCAGUGUGUUAAUAACAUCGGAUCGUACCACUGUAACUGCCCCCCAGGGUACAGGCAGGUCAAUGACACUCGCUGUCAAGAUGUAGAUGAGUGUGAAGAGGAGACACUGAAGCUGCACAGUGUGGAUUGUGUAAACACUGAGGGCUCAUUUUACUUCAUCUGUGAGCCCGGAUACAGCAGGACACUGGAUCCACCCGCUUGUGAGGACAUGAACGAGUGUGAGCUCCUGAGCAAUGUGUGUGGGGAGGCUGUGUGUGAGAACGUACCAGGUUCGUUUGUGUGUGUGUGUCCUGAAGAAGGCUUCGAGUUCAACCAGAUGACGGCCAAGUGUUUACCUGCACCUAAAGCCUCGUCCACAGAGAGGAGAGUGUGUUACUACAACCUGAGCGAUGAGAAUCUGUGUGAUAACGUUCUGGCCAGCAGUGUGACCAUCGAGGAGUGCUGCUGUACGCUGGGGGCAGGAUGGGGUGACAACUGUGAGGUUUUCCCCUGCCCUGUCCAAGGCUCGGAGCCGUUCGCUCACAUGUGUCCGGCUGGAAAAGGCAGCAUUCCAACUGGAGAAAACACCUCACUUGCUAUCUACAAAGAUGCUGAUGAAUGUGAAAUCUUUAAGGAGGAGAUCUGUAAGGACGGAUUCUGUCAGAACACAGCAGGAGAAUUUGAGUGUUACUGUAAAGCUGGAUUCUACUACGAUGAGGCCAAACUACAGUGUGUAGACACAGACGAGUGUUCAGACGAGUCGAACUGUGUGGAUGGUCAGUGUUUAAACAAUCACGGCUCGUAUCAGUGUUUCUGUUCACCUCCUCUGGUGCUGAAUGAGACCAACCACUGUGUUUCCCAUGAGGCUGUUGCAGAGCCCAGUGAGCUGCAGGAUGUGUAUCAGGAGAUCUGUUGGCAGAAUGUUUCUCCUGAACGCUCCUGCGCCAACAUACUGAGUAACCGAGUGACCACUUACACUGAGUGCUGCUGUCUGUAUGGAGAGGCUUGGGGGAGGGAGUGUGCACUGUGUCCUCCUAAACAUUCUGAGGAUUACGCCAUCAUGUGUAAUAUUCGAGACUCCGGAUCGGUCCGGCAGCCGUACGGUCAGGACGCUCUGGUCGCCGGACCUGUCCACGAGUACGAGCUCGGCUCAGAGUACGACUCACGAACCUUAAACCCAAACCCGACCUACUACGAGGACUAUGACGAUUCUAACAUGAGGAGAUACGAGGCGUUCGAAGGACUGCGAGCUGAGGAGUGUGGAGUGUUAAACGGCUGUGAGAAUGGACGCUGUGUGAGAGUGCAGAAGGGAUACACAUGUGACUGCUUUGAUGGAUUCACACUCGACAUGUCCAGAAUGGCCUGUGUCGAUGUAAACGAAUGCAGCGAGCUGAACAAGCGCAUGUCUCUGUGCAAAAAUGGGAAAUGCAUCAACACACAGGGUUCAUAUAAAUGUCAGUGUUUGCCGGGAUACACGCCAUCAGAGAGACCCAACUACUGCGUCCCCAUCAUGCCGAGCGCUCGCACCGGCACCGAAUGACCACCAGGGGAUGCCACCUUCUAACUAACACACACACACACACACACACACACACACACACACACAUAUACAGUACACACUCUCUUUCUCUUAUUUAAUCGAAGCCCAUAUAACCUGCACUGUAUUAUAUCACACACACACGCACACACACACACACACACACACACACACACACACACACACACACACACAAACGAAAACAUAAUUCUACUUGAGAUUAAGGUAAAAGUUUAACACACUUCUAAUCUUAUUGAGAGAAAACAGAACUGUAUAAAAUUGCGUUUACUGUCUUUAGGUUUUUCUCAGUUAUUAAAUUCGAAGGAAUUUUUCAUGUUUGUUUAUUUUUUCGUGUUUUUUAUUUUUUUUUUGUUUUAUUUUAACGAGACAAACCCUAUGAACUGAAGCCUGGGGGAUUUACACCCUUUUCCUCUUUUGUCCUUCCUUCCUUCUCUUUAUCCACCAUCCUUUGGGUCAGUUUCUUUACCACAUUACCUCCACAUCGUAUCUCCAUGCCGUAUUAUACAGACCGUAUCUCCACACUGUAUCUCCACACUGUAUCUACAAACCAUAUCUCCACAUCGUAUCUCCACGCCGUUUCUUCAGACCAUAUCUCCACACUGUAUCUCCACACUGUAUCUCCACAGCGUAUCUCCAUGCCGUUUCUCCACACCAUAUCUUCACAGCAUUUCUCCACAGCAUUUCUCUGUACCAUAUCUCCACUCUAUCUCCAUGCCAUUUCUUCACAACAUAUCUCCAAAUCGUAUGUCCACGGUGUUUCUUCAGACCAUAUCUCCACACUGUAUCUCCACAGCGUAUCUCCAGACCAUAUCUCCACAGCGUAUGUUCAGACUAUAUCUCCACAGUGUAUCUCCACGCCAUAUCUCUACACCAUAUCUCCACACUGUAUCUCCACGCCAUAUCUCCACACCAUUUCUCCACACCAUAUCUCCACACCAUUUCUCCACACCAUAUCUCCACAGCGUUUCUCCACACCAUAUCUCCACACCAUUUCUCCACACCAUUUCUCCACACCAUAUCUCCACAGCGUUUCUCCACACCAUAUCUCCACAGCGUUUCUCCACACCAUAUCUCCACACCAUUUCUCCACACCAUAUCUCCACACCGUUUCUCCACACCAUAUCUCCACAGCGUUUCUCCACACCGUAUCUCCACACCGUUUCUCCACUCCAUAUCUCCACACCAUAUUUCAAAACUAAAUCUUCUGAAAAACGCUCAGUUGUACAAUUCUACAAAAAUUCUUAAAGGUUCCUCCAGAGGAAUAACUGAAGAACCCUUUAUGGCUCGAGACUUUCCCAGAGUCGAGGUAGCUUCCGCUUCUAAAAAAAAAAGUUUUGAAGCAGCCAAAGAUCACAAUCACUUUUAAAAUUAAUCUCACGAUGACGUAACGUUCCACUAUUAAAGCCUUCAAGCCAACAGCCUGCCUGCAAACCGCGAAUCAGUGACUAGCGUAUCAGAUCCCUCUGAAUCCAAAGCACACAGCCAGUGAGAUGCGAAUGCAGUGCAUUGUGGGUAAUAUACAUCGUUAGAAAGGUAUUAGCAUUAAGAAGAAAGCUGUUAGAAUGAAUUCACGUUUAUGUUGUGUUAAGAACACGUGAUGAACUCCUAUCACACACUGUGCCUUGUUUCUAGAAUUUUACUGCAGUGACCAUGUGACUUUUUGUAUUAAUAAUAAAAAUUACAUUUUCUGCGGACAUUAAACAACCUGCUUCCACAUCGUUCCAUAUUUAUCCGGAUUUUCUGAGCAGGAAACUGAUCUGGAAUCAGAUCGUCACGUUUAUUUUUCUAGAUCAGCUCUUUAACCUCACGUUCAUGUUAGACAGGAUAAAGUGCUAAAGUUAGCGUUAGCUACUCUGAACAUGUAGCAUUACAGCAGAUAGCUAGCUAAUAGCUUUAUAAAGUAAAAUUAAUUUGAGCUAGCUGGCUAGCGGGACACUGAAAGAGUCUCAUCACCGAGUAGCUAAAUAACCGGCUAGCUACCCGAGAACACUAACGUCGAACACGGCAGCACGGGGCUAACGUAACGUAUAUCAGCUAACACGCCAUUUUAUAGCUAGCUAAUCACUGACAAUCUGUUAGCGUUCUGUAUCUGAUUUCAACAAAAAGUUUCUAUGUUUCAAUCAAUAGUAGUAAAUUAGCUAGCAAUAUUAGCCUCUUCGUUUAGUAAAUUAUUUAGUAGAGUAAUAUAGAAAAUUAGCAUAAUACAAUUUAGAAACAAUAACCUUCUGUGGUUACUUUAAUAAGCUAGCUGUUGUAACCUUGUGUAUAUGUAGUUUAGCUUGCAAUAGUAUCCUGUUAAGUUAGCUAACUAUAGUCAUCUGGUAAAAUAAAAAAAUACGUAGUUAUAUAAUUAUACAAUAAUAUAUUACUUCCGUACAAGUAAAUUAGCAAGUAUUCUUUUAAUUAGCUAGCAUAGUGACAGAGUAAUAGAAAAUGAGUUAAUAGAGAAAUAAUAGCCUGUGUUUCGCUAGUUAAAGGUAACUCGACAUCUUUGUGUAACUAGAACUAAAGCUAAAACCGUCCUUGACACAUUCUAAAGCUAAGCCGUUAGCGUACCUGCGCUGUAGCAAUCGAACCCUCGCUAGUGUGAAUGUCAGGUUACUUGGAGAACUGAGGUAAAUAUGGAAUGUAGCUUUUAGCCUUUAGCUUUUUUUUUACUCGAAUGACUCGACUCUUGAUGUGAAAAAUGAAGUGCCUUCUUGUCAUUUAACCCGAAUGAAUUUAUCUGGAGAAUAAAAGUCUUGCCAGGUCGCAAAGCUGCUAUUAAACAGCCGUGGGAUUUCCUUUGUUUUUGAGUUGUUUUCUUUUUUGUACAUUUAAACAGAAGAGUUUUGAUAAACGGUUUUAUGUAUUUGUAAUUUGUACAUGAAUAAAUUAGCUCUUGUACGUUUCUCUAUAUCCAAAUGUAUAUGAAUUCAUCUUAAUAAAUCACCAAUGUCGAUGUUUC